AUGCUGUCCGCACUCACCUCGCCGAAUGUUGGCGAUGGCGUUUGUAAUAGCAACAGUUCUCCCCCGCCAUCUAGAAUCGAUGGUGAUUAUCAUUCAACACCAAAAGGAAAAUAUCGAUCAUGGAUGAACGAGAUACCUGAAGACACUAUUGCCCCCAUUAGUACUGUUACACCUAAUGCUUUUGAAAGUCUGUACAGCAACAGUUUAUCUCCAUCACCACUAGUAUGUUUAACCGAUCUCAAUCGCCAACAAUUUUGUUCAACGCCACAGGUACGAAUAGUCAAUAACCCAUUUGAUCCACCAUCGUCGUGUCAUCUGAAAGAGAGAUUAGCCAGUCCAUCAAUAUUCAAACAAGCCACCACUGGUGACGAAAAAAAGAGCAAUGUGUUUGAAUUACCAGCUGAAGAACGUGCUGUGAUCAAUCCAGCCAGCAUCAGUGAAAAUGUAUUACAAAUAGAUGCUACGAUAUUUAAUAAAAAGUUACAACAACGUUAUCAGCAAGCAGCAGACGAUUUUUGUCACCGUCAUUUACAUUUGCCCACACCAGCACAAGUACCACAAGUAACAUUUGUUGUUAACAAUGGUUAUUUUACUGCUUCGUCCAAUAUUAGUCCAUGGUAUGAUUUGAAGGCGACACCAUUGAACAGACGAGAUUUAACAAAUCAAACUGAACUACUAGGGGAUUUUGAUUCAAUGAUGAUUCGAUCGUUUACAUUAAGUUCUGAUUCUGCGUCAUCGUCAUCAACGAGUAACACAACAAAUAAUGGUGAUAGUGGAAAUCAAAGUCAAAAUGGAUCACAUUUGAAUGCAUCCCUAAUGAAACAACGUUUGUUUGAUAAUCUAGAUGAGGAACAACAACCAGACAAUCAGAAUGAGAAUGAAAAUAUUGAUAAAAUAUCAGAAGAAGACGAUGAUAUAGUUUGUCAUGAUCUAAAUGAUUUUAAACAUGAAGAUUUAGAUAAAUCAUUUACACAAGAAGAUUGGCUCAAAGGAUUAAAAAACAAUGAUGAACAUAAAAAAUAUUUUGAUUCUUAG